UGAAGGCGGCAUGCUGCCACCCCCCUGCGUGAACGUACGUGUCAUUUCCCAGAUGUUUCAGGACAAACCCGUGUCGCUGGGCUGUUGAUGCCGUCAGUGACCGAUCAUGAGGAGACCUCCUGACCGGAUCGAUCAUCACCGGACUCCCCGCUGCUGACACACCGACCGACGGCCGAGGACCGGGACGGCGGUUUGGCGCCAGUCUCAUCACUUCAUUCUUCCUCUAAAUUUAAGGCGCAGUGUCACGGCGGGAAAAGUCCAAACUCCGGUUCUGAGCUGCUGUUUGGGUCUGUUGGCCAGCCGGUCCGGCUUCCACACAGGGUUCCCCGCCCCCGGAGAUGCAGCCCCCCUCCUACCAGGACUAUGUGUCGGUGGACUUUCCAGGAGCGGGCGGCGGAAGUUACAACAACAACAAGCACUGGAGGAGGCAGUCCUGCUGGAGGGGUCACCUCAGCGGGUCAUCUGUGCCCAUCUUCUCCUCUCUGCUUCCUCUCCUGACACGCCAGCCCACCUUCAAGUCCUUUAACGCCACAUCCAUCAGCCUCCUCUUGAAAUGGAAGCAGCUGUCCCAAUUACAGCGAAGCCUCAUCCUCUUCAUCCUCGCUCUCCUCUUUAUUUGUGGAAUAGCCUCAUUUCCUACUUUUAAUGAACACCUCAGAGGCCUUUCAGAGGACCGAGCCACAAACCCCGGACCUGUGGGGCCGGAGUUGCCGCCGUUUCAACCUGUGCAUCAUCCCCCUCCAGUGCAGCUGAAGAAAAUACCCAACAAGAGAGGACCUCCUGCUCUGCAGAACCGUUCUCAGCGGAAGGGAAACACUUCAGAGACCGUCUCUGAGGACACGCCAGCUGACAAGGACAGGCCAAAGGUCAUCAGCUGGCAUGGCGCCGUUAUCGACACCGAGCUGGACACUGAGGACACAAAGGCUGGACGAAACGAGGAGGACUCGCUCUCCAAUCAGGAAGUCAAGCUCGCCAAAGGCUCCGGAGCCCGACUGGAGGCCGUUCGAGACGCCUUCAGACACGCGUGGAAAGGCUACAAGGACUAUGCUUGGGGUCACGAUGAGCUGCGGCCCAUCUCCAAGUCCUACAGCGAGUGGUUCGGUCUGGGUCUGACGCUCAUCGACGCCCUGGAUACCAUGUGGAUUCUGGGGCUUAAGGACGAAUUUGAAGAAGCAAAGGCCUGGGUGGCCACAGAGCUGACAUUCAACAAGAACGUGGACGUCAACCUGUUUGAAAGCACCAUCCGCAUCCUGGGGGGCCUGCUGAGUACCUACCACCUGACUGGAGAUGCUCUGUUUCUGGACAAAGCCAAAGACAUCGGCUCCAGGCUGAUGCCAGCCUUCAACACCCCCUCCAAGAUCCCCUACUCCGAUGUCAACAUAGGGAAAGGCACAGCGCACCCCCCCCGGUGGACCUCUGACAGCACCGUUGCCGAGGUUACCAGCAUCCAGCUGGAGUUCAGGGAGCUGUCCCGCCUCACACAGGAUCCUCAGUACCAGAACGCCGUGGGUGAGGUCAUGAAGCAGGUCAACAAGCUGAGUGGAAAGCUGGACGGCCUGGUGCCCAUGUUCAUCAACACCAACAGCGGACAGUUCACGCAUCUGGGGGUCUUCACGCUGGGGGCCAGAGCCGACAGCUACUACGAAUACCUGCUGAAGCAGUGGCUCCAAGGAGGCAAGAAGGAGCCCCAGUUCCUUGAGGAUUAUCUGCAGGCCAUAGAAGGAGUGAAGAAGAACCUGCUGCAGAAAUCUUCACCCACAGGCCUGACCUUUGUUGGGGAGCUUUCCAACGGGCAGUUCAGCCCGAAAAUGGACCAUCUGGUGUGCUUCCUGCCUGGCACUUUGGCCCUCGGCGCUCACAACGGCCUUCCUCCUGAGCACAUGGAUUUGGCCAAAGAGCUGAUGGAGACCUGCUACCAGAUGUACGCCCAGAUGGAAACGGGCCUCAGUCCAGAGAUCGUCUAUUUCAACACGCAUCAGGGCAGCACCAGAGACAUCGAUGUGAAGCUGGCAGACAGACACAACCUGCUGCGCCCAGAGACGGUGGAGAGUCUCUUCUACCUCCACAGGCUGACAAAGGAGCAGAAGUACCGGGACUGGGGCUGGGAGAUCCUCCAGAGCUUCAACAAACACACCAAGGUUCCCUCUGGAGGCUACACCUCCAUCAACAACGUGCGUGACCCUGAAUAUCCCAGUCCCAGAGACAAGAUGGAGAGCUUCUUCCUGGGGGAGACGCUGAAAUAUUUCUACCUGCUCUUCUCUGACGACAGCAGCCUGAUCAGCCUGGACGAGUACGUCUUCAACACUGAAGCUCACCCCCUCCCCGUGUGGCCCCCCUCCGGUUCAGCCUGAGCUGCAGCGUCCGUGCACAGACUCGCUCCGACCUCUGCUCUCGGGGAGAAACCUUAUUUAUUUACUUGAAGCCUGUUAUUUUUUUCAAAGAAGGAAUAAGAAGUGAUGAUGCUCAGAAGAGCUUGUUGAAGGUUUUUGAAGUAGGAAACUGUGAAACGGCGUUUCAUCCGUCAUGACGGGACGCCGUUCUCUGCCCCUUCCCGCCGUUCUCUGCCCCGUCCCGCACACACUCCAUGUUUGCUGCCACACUGACUUUGACUCUGCGGGGCAGGUGUGGGCGUCCAGGUGUGCAGCCUCACCUGUCGGGACGCUGUACUCAUCACCACCACGGGGGGGGGGGGGGGGGGGGCAAACUGGACGUUUCUGGUUUCUUUUUUUAGACGCACCAACUCCAAAUGCAAAGCAAUCAUUGAGCUCUAAAGUCAUUUACCUGUCCUCUGGGGCGGGGGGGGGGGUCUAUGAGGAGGCUCAGGAAAGCUGACGGUUACUCCCCACCUCUGAGAAAUGUGGAGCUCUGAGGAGAAGGAAGUGACAUCCUGUAGGUCUCUUUUUGGGGGGGGGGACUCCACAAAGACUGGCCGUGACCGUCACAUGGCGGCGCCUUCAACAGAACCGACGUGAGGCGUCAACCUCUACUGCCGAGACUGAAACACUGUGAAGACGCUUGUUUUUCUACCGACGCCACAUUUGUACCGCUGCUCUUUUGGCAAAGCGGUUUGUGAUCUCACACCAAAAGCCUUUUUCUGGUGGAACUGGAGGGACGUUGUGUGUCCAACCGAAUCCAGGACAGCAUUUCAACCCACAGACGUCCUGCAGAAGUGACCCGGAUCAGAACCAGUCAGGAUUCUGACGCUGCAGUAACCUGAGCCUCAAAGUGCCUCUGCAGUUCUGAUGCGCCUCAGGCUGUGACACGCCUCUGCUGCCGUCACCUCACUCAUGUCCGGGGGGGGAGGGUUGGUUCCUCCUGAGGACUCGGCUAAACAGAAGGAAACGCCGUUCUUGUGGUCGUUUCCAGAGGUUUGUCUCAGUUUCUGAGAAGCUUUUGAAGACCAUUGUUUGUUUUUUAGGGGGGGGGGGAGAAUAAUAUAUGGAUAAUACGCCGCCUGUUCCUGCAGGUUCUCCUCUUCAGGAUUUCAGGAACACAUGAACUCCUGUCUGUGGCUCGGCUGCACGUCUGUCCCACGUGUGCCUUCAGACGGCGUGCGCUGGCGUUAAGGUCAAACGGGUGGCGUUUUGGUCAUCAUUGUGACGGCUUCUGCUUUUCCUGUCUUCACUGCUGCAUCUAAGGGCUCUGACUAUUUCCUGGGCUCCGUCUUUAACUCUUGACCUGAAGAUCAUUUUAUUUCAAAAAGAAGCCAUUCCUGUGACGCCGACACUUGUAAAGCGGUUUUUACUAAUGUUAAUGUAAAGCGUGAUGUGAAACAUUUUUAAAGGGAUUGUUCAAACGAACCGCUGUGAAGCGCACACUCACGUGCACGCACUCACACACACGUGUGCUCGUGUUCAUCAAUCCUCUGAAACUUUGAAAUGUGAGCUGAGCAGUUUAUUUUAGGUGGGAGGAGCUUCUUUUAUGGUCAUCUUUUCCGUAUAAAGGUGCUUUUGAUGUGGGAGUGGCUUUCCAGUUAGAACCCAAAAAUAUGGUUGGAGAAAUCAUUUUUAUUGAUGAAAUUUGAGCAGAAAAAUGAGAAGUUGGUCUGUUUGGGUGUUGAUUUGUGGCGUGUAAUAAAGUUUUCUGAUUCAAA